AUGUCUCCAAACCGGUGGGAGAAGACGAAAAGCAUAUCGAAGAAGGGCUUCGAUAAAGCAUGGAACACCGUCGAUAAGCUUGGCGGCCCUGUCAACCGCCUAUCGCAUAAGCUGGGCUCCGAGGCGUUUUGGCCCAUGACAAUCGAUAAGGAAGCCGACAAAGCCGCACGCAUUCUGCGCAGCUUCUGCAAGGAUGGUUUCUACGCGCCAGAUGAAUCCACCGGGACUGACGAGAAUGGCAAAAUCAAUCGCCCGAAGGGCAAGCAGCGCGUUAUCAAAAAGAUCCCAGCACAAGUACUCAAAAACGCCAAGGGAAUUGCCAUCUUCACGACAAUGCGCACAGGUCUAUGGGUGAGUGGCUCUGGUGGUAGUGGCGUGUUGCUUGGUCGCCUCCCCGUCACCGGUGAGUGGAGCCCGCCAUCUGGGAUUAUGCUACAUACAGCCGGCAUAGGCUUCCUCGCCGGUGUGGACAUCUACGACUGCGUGGUCGUCAUCAACACGUUUGAGGCGCUGCAAGCUUUCAAAAAACUCCGCUGCACGCUCGGCGGCGAGGUCAGCGCAGCCGCGGGUCCUGUUGGCAUGGGUGGCGUCCUCGAGUCCGAAGUGCACAAGCGCCAGGCCCCGAUCUGGACAUAUAUGAAGAGCAGAGGGCUGUACGCGGGUGUGGCGAUCGACGGCACGGUCAUCAUCGAGAGAACAGAUGAGAAUGAGCGCUUUUACGGCGAGCGGAUAUCAGUAGACGAAAUUCUUGCUGGCAAAGUCCGGCACCCGCCACCCGAGCUCGAAACCCUAAUGCAAACGCUCAAGGCUGCACAGGGCGACUCAGACGCCGACGAAAGCCUCAUUCCGCCUCCUGGCGAAACGCCCGGUGACAUGGCGUUCACAGAAGAAGGGAAUGCUUUCGGCGUGCCGGCCGUUGACGAUCCUGAUCCAUAUGGAGUGAAAGCGCUGGAGGCGGAGGGGCUCUUUAUACGCGAGGCGGGUACCAAGGUGAGGCCAAGCCUUGAGGCCUUUGAAUUUCGACCCAACAUUAGCAGCCCUAUCUAUAGCACUUUCUCCCGGCGCAGCAUGGAUAGUUCGCCGCGCAAUAGCUGGCGUGCAAGUGUGCAAAGUACGAAGAGUCAUACGAGUGUUGAUCGUGGCACACAGACUGAUGACGCUCCGGUAACGGCGCCAACAUCAGUGAGUCGUGCGUCUUCUCGCAGCGCGAAGGAGUCGUCUGCAAGUGGGCCAUCGAUGAGUACCUGGGACGAAGUUGGGGAUUCUGCUCACUGGGAUACAAUUGCGAUCCACGGCGAGGAAGACCAGGUCAAGGUCCGGCAAUUAGAGGGCGAAGAGGCGGAGGAUAGAAGAGCGAAAGCGCGUGCCUGCGAGGAUACACAUGAGGACCCCGAGCUCGAGGACGACGACGAGGACUUCGAGGUCCACGAGGUUACCAAUGCCAUGGUCACACCAAAGAGUGUGCCAGGCUCACCCACCAAGGCUGAGCACCAGACGAACGAUCGCGACAGUAAGCGCAUGUCACCGAACUUCACUCGGGCUCGUUUGGUCACUAUCCCGGCCCGCACCCCGCCCGCUCUUCCCCCACGACACCCACAUCACGUCUGGGGUUCUGGCUCGAGCCACGAGUCGCCCUCGCCUACAGCUCCCUCGCAGUCCAGCCGCACAACCUCGCCAACGGACGUUACGGAGACGGCGGAGAAUCUCGAACAUAUGGAUGAGAUGCCUAAAGUGCUUCAGCCACCAAACAAGGCCAAGAGCACACCUGAUAUUCCCGAUAAGGGCGAGGGCGAAGAAUACCUUGAUACGCAAUCCGAACCUCCGACCGAGAAGGACGAGUUCCUCUCUGCUGAUGGCGGGUCAGACGUCGAGGAUAACACCAUUACUUCUGAAGAUCAAACUGCCGCCGAACCGGAGAGUAAGACGGAGAAGCAAAAGGAGCCCAAAACUGAACCCGAGCAACCUCCCCGACUUGAGAAGAGCGCUGAUGCUCCUCAGCUUGCAGCUAAUGUUGAGGAUACCCCGGAGGUCGAAGAGACUCUCGACAAUCUCGAACCAAAACUUGAUUCAGGCGACCAACCAGAGGCACAGAAAUCAAGCAUCUCGUACGCAAACGUUCUUGCUGACCGCGGAGAAGACGAAGAGAGUCCUCGUGGCAGCAAAGUCGAUACCACCAUGCCCCAAGCUCGGGCUGAGUGA